AUGAAAAAGACUUCAGUCAAAUUGCUGAUUUUACUCGUCCAAGUACACAAAUCUGAAGAGAGACCAAAAGCUGUUUUGAAACUGCUGCCUGAUGGACGAAUAUUCAGUGGAGAAAAAGUCACUUUCACAUGUGAAAUACAAGACACAAACAAGGACUGGAAGUACAACUGGUUUAAAGAUGAUCACAAACUUUCCUGUGCUGGUGAGAACAGAGAAUAUUCAUUUGUUACUACAGAGCAGCACAGUAGUAGCUACACCUGCAGUGGGCAGAGAGAAAUUUGCCCUCGGAACUCAGAGAUCAGUAAUACUGUUACACUGACUGUAUCAGCAAAACCCAAACCAACUGUGACUGGAGUUCCUCAGAGCUUCAUCUACACUGGAGAAGCUGUUACUCUAAACUGUGAGCUGCAGGAGCAGCAGUCUACUGAAUGGACAUUUAACUGGUACAAAAUAACUGGGACUCAUUCGACAAACACCAACUCACUCAGUGUGCCGACCACUAAUGCAGGAGAAACAAAGUACCAGUGUAAAGCUCAAAGGAGAAACUACGACUCAGAGUUCAGUGAUAGUGUCACAAUUACAGUUAAAGAGAGACCAAAAGCUGUUCUGAAGCUGCUGCCUGGUGGACAAAUAUUCAGUGGAGAACAUGUUACUCUCACAUGUGAAAUACAAGACACAAGUGAGGACUGGAAGUACAACUGGUUUAAAGAUAAUAAACAACUUUCCCCUGCUAAUGAGAACAGAGAAUAUUCAUUUGUUACUACAGAGCAGCACAGUGGUCGCUACACCUGCAGUGGAGAGAGUAAAAUUUACUCCCAGAACUCAGAGAUCAGUAAUACUGUUACACUGACUGUAUCAGAGAAACCAAAAGCUGUUCUGAAGCUGCUGCCUGGUGGACAAAUAUUCAGUGGAGAACAUGUCAAACUCACAUGUGAAAUACAAGACACAAGCGAGGACUGGAUGUACAACUGGUUUAAAAAUGGUCACAAACUUUCCUCUGCUGUUGAGAACAGAGAUUAUUCAUUCACUGCUACAGAGCGGUACAGUGGUAGCUACACCUGCAGUGGACAGAGUAAAAUUCACUCCCAGAACUCAGAGAUCAGCAAUACUGUUACACUGACUGUAUCAGAAAAAAAAAGUUCUAAUAUCUUUAUUAUUUUAACAGCAAAACCCAAACCAACUGUGACUGGAGUUCCUCAGAGCUUCAUCUACACUGGAGAAGCUGUAACUCUGUACUGCGAGCUGCAGGAGCAGCAGUCUACUGAAUGGACAUUUAUCUGGUACAAAAUAAUUCACAACCAACUGACACCAGUAACUCCAAACACCAACCCACUCAGAGUGCCGACCACUUAUGCAGGAGAAACAGAGUACCAGUGUAAAGCACGCAGGAGAAACUACGACUCAGAGUUCAGUAAGAGAGUCACAAUUACUGUGAAGGAGAGACCAAAACCCUCAGUGGACAUAAAUCCUGAUAAUCUGGUGUUCACUGGAGAAACUGUCACUCUGAGAUGUGAUAUACAGGAUGGAGGCGUCUCUCUCUGGCAGUACAGCUGGUAUAAAGAUGGUUCUGAUGUCAGUAGUAAACAGGAGUACAGAAUCAGUGGUGUUGGUGUGACCCAUGCAGGAAGUUACACCUGUAAAGGAAGAUCAGGCUCACGUUCUACACACAUCAGUGAUGCUGUUACACUGACUGUAUCAGUGAAGCCUAAACCUAAACUCACAUCCAGCCUUAAUGGAGCAGCACUAACAGGAAACUCAGUGACUCUGUAUUGUGAGCUGGAUCCACAGUCUGCUGGAUGGAAGUUUUACUGGUUUAAACACACACAGAACCAUCAGACUGAAUCUACAACACACAGCUACAUCAUCAGCUCAGUUAGUGUUUCUGAUGUAGGUCAGUACCAGUGCAGAGCUAGGAGAGGAAACCCAGUCUACUAUACACACUACAGUGAUGCACUCUGGGUAAAUGUUACUGAGAGUCCUAAAGCUGUGGUGACCAUAAAGCCUGAUAAUCAGGUGUUCAGUGGAGAAACUGUCACUCUCAGAUGUGACAUACAGAGAGGAGGAGAUGCUGAGUGGAGAUACAGCUGGUAUGAGAAUAAUAACAACAUGUAUUCAUACAGCAAAACACAGGAGUUCAGUAUCAGAUCUGUUAGUAAGUCUCAUGGGGGUAAAUACACCUGCAGAGGUGAGAGGAAAAGUGACUCCCAGAACUCAGAGAUCAGUGAUACUGUUAUACUGACUGUAUCAGAGCGACCACAGCCAGUACUGAAUGUAUCUAUACAGAACUGGCUGACUGAAGGAGACUCAGUGACUCUAAGCUGUGAGGUUCGAGGCUCCACUACAGGCUGGAUAUUCAGCUGGUACAAAGUGAUUCAAUACAGCAGCAGCUUCAUUAGAAGAGAAGACUUAGUUCUCCUCUCAGACACUAGCAGAGGAGCUGGAGGCUCGUACACUCUCAGUCCUGCUGUUCUCAAUCACACAGGGGUUUAUGUAUGUAGAGCAGAGAGAGGAGAACCAGCCUAUCACACACAGUACAGCCAACCACAACCACUGUGGAUCACUGGUGAGUCUGGUCCAGUGUCUCUGAUCAUCAGUCCCAACAGAACUCAACACUUUUUUUCUCACUUUCUCUCACUGAGCUGUAAAGGACAGAGAGACUCUACUGGAUGGAGAGUGAAACAAUACAGAGAGAGUAAAGAAGUGUUAGAUUGUUUAUCAGAUUGGAAAUCAGCUUCUGGAUCUACAUGCAGCAUCAGCUAUCUCCAUACAUCUAACACUGGAGUGUACUGGUGUCAGUCUGAAUCUGGAGACAGCAGUAAUCCUGUCAACAUCACAGUGCACGAUGGUGAUGUGAUCCUGGACAGUCCUGUCCAUCCUGUGACUGAGGGACAUUCUCUGACCUUACGCUGUUUAUAUGGCAAAAUAAGGCCUGUAAACCUCCAAGCUGAUUUCUAUAAAGAUGAUUCAGUCCUCAAGAACCAGACAGAAAAGAUGAUCAUACACAGUGUAUCAAAGUCAGAUGAGGGUUUCUAUCACUGUAAACACCCAGAGAAAGGAGAGUCACCAAAAAGCUGGAUCUCAGUACGAGUGUUAAGUCGAUCACAUUCAGAAGACCUGCUGUGGGUGCUCAGGCUGAUGACAGUGUCUCUGUUUGUGCUGUCCACCAUCAUUCUGGUGAACAUAUAUUACAGAACUCGAGCUAAACCUGAUGAAACAGAGAGAUGGAACAGAGAAUAUGAAGUAAUUGAAGCUGAAGCUUCUUGCUGAGUGAUAAAUGGGUGAUGAAGCUUCUACUUUAGAAUUAGAAUUCAUAUUGA